UUAAACAUGCUCUUAUAAUCGCCGACCCCGUCCCGUCCGGCACUUCCUCUCUCACUCCAUCCGCCUCAUCGAUCGACGCCGACUGCUCCGUGCCGUGAUUUCUUGCUCGCGCUGCCUCGCCGAAUCGCUGCGCUAGGGUUUCCCCUCCCGCGGCGGCCGUCGGCUCGUACUCGGUUCGGAAGACAUACUUGGCAUACAGAUAUUUUGGUUUUACUUCAAGUGCACUAGGUGCUCAGCUAAGAUUAUUUUUAAAACAGACCCCCAAAAUUCAUAUUAUACAGUGGAAUCUGGGGCUAGUCGAAAUUUUGAUCCCUUGGCGUGAAUAGGAUGAGGGGAAAGGUUGUGGACAACGAGAAGAGAAAACGAGCAGCAGAGGACAUGGGCGAUGCAAUGAGAGCACUGAAGAACAGAGCAAACCACGCAAAGCAGGACAUGGACAUACUUGCUGCUUUAGAAGAGAUGCGGUCCAUGAAGUCGAGACAUGCAGGAGUGUCCGUUAACCGGAUGCUCGAAAUUUUGAAGCACUCCACUCACCUUAAGGAGGAAAAAAUAGUAGCAGAACUAGAUGAUGAAGAUGAAGAACUCAUCAAAUCAAUCACUUCCCGAAACUCGAAAGUUUAUGUGAAAAGGAUCGAAGACGACGAUGGUGAUGAAGAUUUCGUUAUACCAGGCCAGUUAAGGUUCAUGGCAGAGAUCAAUGGAUCUUCUGAAUCAGUGUUACAUCCAACAGUUGUGUUGACCAACAAUAAUAGUACCUAGAGUUCCACUAAACAAGGAAACAAGGCCGUGGGAUCUAAGAUGCCCAAAAUGCAUAGUAAAACCAAGGCCUUUUGGCGCAAAUCCUCAGAGGAAACAGAUGACUGAGUCCGGCAAAGCAAGCACCUGCCUCAGAGGAAAAAAGUGGAGAUUCAGAAGAGAAAAUGAAUGUUCUUCAGUCCCUCUGCCAGACUGAAGGCAACGGGUUCUUGGAAGUUACAACUGCGUCGGAGGAGACGAGCCCCUGUAGCACGAUGGUGCAACUCAGUAUGUAUUGCCGAUUUCUUGUACUACCUCUGUCCAUAAAUAGAUGCCAAAAGUUUGUCUAAAUUUGAAUGUAUCUAGACACGAUUUAAUGUAUAGAUACAUCCGAAUUUAAAUAAAUCUUUGUCAUCUAUUUAUGGACGGAGGGAGUAAAAGAAUUGACAAAUUCCACGGAAGCAACCCUCAGAUUGUGGAUAGCUCUUGUGUUCAUGUCUUAGUCGUGUGAGUCGAUGUUUCUGUACAUUUCUUCUGUGCUAUUUUAUUAACCAGUACUCCAUUAGUCUUGUAAUAUAAAACGUAUGUUUUUUCGAGACUGAAAAGAUAGAAGUUCUACAA